AUGUAUUUAGAGAGCCAAAUUGCUAAAACCACCAUCGAAAAAUUGCCAGAGAAUAUUAUGUUGCAAAUCAUGCAGUACCUGCCCAUGAAAGAUCGUUGUCGGGUACGGAGAGUUAACAAAACUUGGAACCGCAUUAUUUUUGACCAAUCAUUAUGGAGGCAUGUUGAUCUGCUUGACUACUAUCUUCCCCUGAAGACGUUGUGGAAAAUUUUCAGAAUUUAUCUGUCUCCAUGUUUGUUAACAUUGAAGAUGCAAGGCAUUGUUUACGCAGAGAACAGUACUAGAGAAAAGUCCUCACUUUCUGAAGCCCUGCUACAAGAAUUGUCUGCUCGCUGUCCAAAACUGCGGCUGCUUCAUGUUCAGAAGUGUAAAAUAAGCAGCAUUUCAUUCGAGUGGCUUCCUUCAUCAAUCACAUGCCUAGAAAUGGUUGAUGCUUUUUGGCAGCCUCGGUGGAUGAAAGAUAAACAGAAGCAUCUGCCAAAGCUGGAACAUUUGACUCUGGACAAUUCUGAGAUGGUGAGUGACUGUGAUCUGGAAGAUGUUGCUGUCUGGAAGGACUUGAAGUUGUUAUCUCUGAAAGGAUGUGAAAGGGUAGGAACAGCAGGCGUUAUAACCAUUUCUAAACAUUUGUCAGAGUUAGAGUUCUUAAACAUCAGUAGUACUGACAUACGUGAAGUGGCAGUCCAUUAUAUUGCUCAGCAUUUGAAGAAACUGAAGGAACUGAUUCUUGCAAGAUGCACGUCAGUUACUGACAGAGCUGUUGCUAUCAUCGCUGCGGGACUUCCAGUGUUAAACAAGUUGGACAUUUCAUUCUGUGAAUUUGUCACAAUGAGAGGACUAGAACCAUUGUUUGUUAACAAACAAGCAGUGCUUAUAUUGAAUGCUUGA